CCGCGCGCACGAUGAGCGGUCCCGUCAAGAAGCUCGCGGGCGAAGCCGCGAAGAAGGGCGGUCUCCUGAACACGCUCAUGAAGGCCGCGCCGUGGAAGAUCACCGGCCCGGCGUCCGGAGCGGAGUGGAAGGAAGUCCCCAUCGGCGCGGAGGAGUACCGCGUCGUCGCCCCAGCGAGCCAACCCGCGACGGUUCGCAUCCCGCACUCGGAGCCCGAGCGAGUCUUCGACGUGAGGUACUACGAGCGAGACACGCGCCGCGCGCACGAGGUGGCGCUUCACGGGAGUCCCAAGACGACGACGACGGAGAUCACGAGAGAAAACUUCGACGCGCACCUGAGAGCGUUCGAGGAGUCCGGGCAGCUCAAGGCGUUCGCGGAGGGGAAAGGCAACAGGGUCGGGUUUCAGGACCCGGGGGCGGAGGGGUCGGAGUACGUCAAGGUGUCGAUGCUCGACAACACGAACGGAGGGUACACGUGAUCGGUCGUCGUUUGUUUUUCGGGAAAGUUGGAUCCGGGUGUAUUUCGACUCCGCGACGCGGUAGCGAUGAGUUAGUCAUCGAUCACAGUGUAAGUAAACCACGAUACGAUUG